CAGCCAUGAGUAGCAUCGGGUAUGACCCCUUCUCCUCCGCCUCGCCAUACAGACGCUGGUAUGCCGAGGCCCCCCCUCGUGCCGCGGUGACCCGAGGGCGGACCCACUCCGUCUACUCCACCCAUGCUUCCCCGCUGUCCUCCUCCCGUCUGCAGUACUCCUCUCCCGGCCGGGGGCUGCUCUCCUCCUCCUCCUCUUCCUCACAAGCCGCGUCCCUGGAGCUGGAGCUCAGCCAGGCUGCGAAGAUCAGCUCUGAGUUCCGCACCGUGCGCACCCAAGAGCGCGGCCAGCUGCAGGAGCUCAACGACCGCUUCGCUGGCUUCAUCGACCGCGUGCGUGAGCUGGAGCAGCAGAACCGCGCGUUGGAGGCCGAGCUGCUGCUGCUGAGGCAGAGGUACGCCGAGCCGUCCCGCCUCAGGGCGCUGUACGAGCAGGAGGCCCGGUCCUUGAGAGCUGCCGUGGACGAGGCCAGGGCAGAACAACAAGCCGUCCUGGGUCAGAGAGAGCGGCUGGAGCAAACCCUGAGCGCCUUGCAGGGUCGAUAUGAGGAGGAAGAGCUGGCUCGCCAACGGGCCGAAGGUCGGCUGACGGACACACGCCGCGAGGCCGACCGGGCGGCUUUAGCGAAGGCCGAGCUGGAGAAGAGCGUCGAAACGGUGCUGCAAGAGCUGGCCUUCCUCAAGAGGGUCCAUGGCAGCGAGCUGGUCGAGCUUCAGGCCCGGGUCCAGAUGGGUGUCCAGCUGGCGGUCGAGUCCCGGGCCGCAGCUCCCGACCUCUCUGGGGCUCUCAAGGACAUCCGGUCCCAGUACGAAAAGCUGGCGGCGAGAAACAUGCAGGCGGCGGAGGAGUGGUUCAGGGGCAAGGUGGGCUCCAUGAGCCAAACGGUGGCCCAGCACAGUGACGCCGUGAGGAGCUCCAAGGGCGAAGCGGGAGAGUACCGACGGCAGCUCCAGGCCCGCCUCCUGGAGAUCGAUGCUUGCAGAGGCCUCAAUGAAUCCCAGGAGAAACAGCUGCAUGAGACGGAGGACAAGCAGAACGCCGAGAUAGAUGCCAUGCAUGACGCCAUUGCAGAGCUGGAGAGUGAGCUGAGGGGCAGCGAACACGAAGUGGCCCGCUACCUGAAGGAAUACCAGGACCUCCUGAAGGUCAAGAUGGCUCUGGACAUCGAGAUUGCUGCUUACAGGCAGCUGCUAGAAGGGGAGGAGUCUCGUUUCAGUGGAGGAGUGCCUGGGAGGGUGUCCUCGCUGUACAGCCACAGUUUCUCAGCGCCCUCCAUCGUCCGGCCCUUCCACUCCAGCCUGAGCUCUGGCUCCUCCUACAUGAUGACAUCACACCUCCCCAGCUCCAGCUUCAGCACCAUCGAGGGCCUCAUCUCUGCCAUCCACACCCAGCAAGCAGAGGCCAGCCCACCUGGGGAAGAGGAGGAGGCCGCGGAGGAGGUAAAGGAGGAAGAGGAGAAGGAGAAGGAAGAAGAGGGAGGAGAAGAGACAAAGGAGGAAGAGGAGAAGGAGGAUGAAGAGGAAAAAGAAAAGGAUGGAGAUAAAGAGCAAGAGGAUGAAGAAGAGGCAACGGUAGACGAAGCGGCUAAGGGAGGAGAUGAGGAGACUGAAGAGGGUGGUGAGGAAGAGCAAAAGGAAGAGGUGACAGAGGCUGCCGAAGAUGACGGAGAGAAAGGAGACCAAGGAGAAGGAAAGGAGACCGAGAUUGAAGAGGAAGCCCAAGAGGAGGUAAAGACGGGAGGAGGCGACGACAAAGAUGAGGAUGCAAAAGAAAAGGAAGAGGCAACAACAAGUGAAGAGAAAGAAAAUAAAGCGGCUGCCAAGAAAGACGACACAGAUCCCAUAAAAACAGAUGUCCACGCUGAAGCCCGAGCCGAGAAAGAGGAAGGAAAAGCAGCCGAGCCGGAAGCUGCAGGAGAAACGAGCACAAAGGGUCAAAAGUGAGCCAGCAGCUUCAGAAAACUCCUAACCGUCAGCUCGAUGACCAGUAGCGCCGUUCUACGCCUAUCAAAUCUGCUUGUUAUCAUGGUUGUCAAUAAAACAGUCCAAUCAGCAUUUACAACAACACAUCAAGGUCAGCUGCUUGCCAACACGAGGAGUCCAUGAAGGUGUGGUUGCACACGGCCUGAUGAGGUCAUACGGGUAACUGUCGAGUGCAACAGGGAGUGUGGGAGAUUCUGGUGGCUUAAUAAACACCUCUUAACUCUA